AUGUCUGAUCAGAAAGUUUCAGCAAGCGACGCCCUUCCUUGCAAGACCAUUGGUACCUUGCAGGAUGGUAUUCAAUACACGGAGCGCUUCGCCGUCCGCGUUGUGCUGACGGAUGAUGAGGGGCAAGUCGCCGUCAUCAAGGCUGCCAAAGACAACUACUACAAGCUUCCAGGUGGUGGUAUUGAAGCAGAGGAGGACCAUCUCAAGGCUGCAGAGCGCGAGGUUGCAGAAGAGACGGGCAGUACCGUGACCAUGCAAGCUGGCUGCAUUGCCAAGACGGAGGAGUAUCGGAAUGACCUCCACCAGAUAUCCUACUGCUACCGGGCGAAAGUCGUUGACAAGACUGGCAAGCCUGCCUUGACCGAUGAGGAGGUGGCUGAUGGGCUGAAUCAUGAGUGGGUUCCUCUGAAUCAGGCUCUGGAAUUGAUGACUGCAGCGGAGCCUACUUCCGAAUUGGGCCGUUACAUCAAAGGCCGGGACAUUUUUCUUUUGACACAGGGUCUCAAAUACGCUUGA